AUGGCGAGCCAACUGACUCUGUUGGAGGUCGCGGACUGUCUGUUUCGGAACAACUCCGCCAACCCUGCGAGCUUCAGCACAGGCGCUCUGUUGGCCCAGAUUCUGACGGCCAGACGCUCGCUGGGAAAGCCGCCCAGUGUCUUGAUCUCGCAACGCAACACCUUCAUCAGCAACGCAGGAGGUGCAGUGGACGCCGUUAGAGUGCUGGACUAUGACGUCUACUCGUCGGGUGACGUCUUCCAAAACAAUGGAGUGGUCGAUACGAAUCCAGUUUUCUCCAUGGCCAACACCCUCUACACGCUCACCUUGGCCAUGGAGGAUGCCGUGUUCGAACGGAAUCGAGGUUUGGCUGUCGGAGCCAACGUAGAUAGCGCCAGCUUUACCAAUUGUCGCUUCAUCGGCAACAACGGCGGCAUUGUGCCCUACACGAGCGACAACACGACCGUCACCGGUUCGGUCUUUAUUGCCAACACCUACGGCAUCGACGUUCAGGACCUGGCGCCGAUCAACAUGACCGUCGAGAACACGGUCAUCGUGGGCAACCUCCAAUUCGGAGUUCGAGCUGGCAACAACAGCAUCGCCGUGUUCACCAAUUCUUCGGUCUACAGGAAUGGGUUCCAGAACGUGAGCGGCAGUGCUGUGCUCAAUGACGUCUUGUGCGGCCUCAGCGACUCCUCCGUGGUCUUUAACGCGGACCCCAACCUGUGCACGACCGGUACCGAGAACCCAUGCACGGCGGGACUUGAUCAAUGCGGCCGAUGCGCUGGGGGCAAUGUGUGCCUGGACUGCAGCGGGGCGGCCUACGGCGAGGCCACGCUGAGCUUCUGCGACUCGCUGACGACGCUCGGUGCAGCUCCGGCAGCCAACAGCACCUACUGGCUCGAACUGGAGUUCCAGGGCGACAGCCCCAACGCGCUCAUCUAUCCGGUCGUCAACGGCGCUGCCCAACGGGCGCUGAGCGUGGUGGUCAACUACACGACUCUCGAGGUCUCCAACAGUUCGGCGGCCAACUCGGUGGCUCUGAUGCGCCAGAACGUCGACGAGAUCGCGUUCAAGCGCUCCCGCUCCGACCUUGCCAAUCUCGAGGGCGUGAUGGUGAGUUGCACCACGUUCGAAGGGGUGGCAGCCAACGGAGGCUUCAUCACCAUCAACCAGUGCCUGCUCCAGGAUGGUGUCACCGUCUCGCCGGUCAACGGGAUCAAUGUCGCGCUGCCAUCGUUCUCGCUCAAGAUCGACCUGGGCUUCUCCUAUUGGAAGGGCAGAGGAAUUGGCGCGGACGGUGACCGCCACGUUCGACUUUCGCUCGACGUCGUCCUCCAACAAGAGGCGGCUUUGCUUGCGGGCGUGCGGCGAGAGUUCGGUGGAAACGGAAGCGCGCUCCUCGAGUCCACCGAGAGCGUGCUCCAGGGCGCGUCGUACUUCAGCGCCGUGAGCGUGCUCAACUUCUUCCUGGCCGACGACCUGCUCGUCGUGGGACCCGCCCCCUCCGGUGGUGCCGGCGGCGGCCAGGGAGUGCGCACCAGCAUCAAGCCAGCGGGGCCGACCGACCCAAGGCGCCACCUGCUGGCGCUGGAGUUCCAAGGCGACUUCGACGAGGCGCUGUACGACCCGAACGUGGGCCUCCUCCUGGGCCAGUACCGUGAAGACGGUGGGUCGGGCGACGACCUGCUCCUGGUGAAGAUCCUCGUCCCGGCGCUCGUGGGCGGUGCUCUGGUGCUGGUCGUGGGCACCGUCAUCGUCGCCGUGACGAUCCGGUGGGCGCUGUGGCACCGGAUCUACGGUGGAAGCGGCCAGGUCAACUUCCAGGGCGAUGAUUUGUAA